AUGUCUACAACCUGCGGCCGUGCACUAUAUGCGUCCAGAGACUUGGAUGGGGUUCGAAGCAAGGACUCUCUGAAGAUGCUGCUCACGCGAGGAACAGACGAGAACAAAAUAGACGCUUUGUGGCAGAUAAUAAAGGAAACAGGAAUGGGCGUAAACCACGAAAGUCUGCUCAUGACGCUUACCAUGGUCAUUCCAAACAGCAAAGACAAGAAGCUUAUUCAAAUGUUCUAUCUGUACAUGGAAAAUAUAGCGAUAGAAGACGCGGAGGGAAACAUCCGGGACGAAGUUCUUAUGCUGUGCAACAUGAUUCGGGGGCAUCUGGCGCACCCCAACGAGUACGUGCGGGCCCGAGCCAUUCGGGCUGUUGGAAAGUUCAGAAGUGCCUCGAUUUUUGACGUUUUGAAGGUGCCCUUCGUGGAGAACAUAUCGUACUCAAACCCUUUUGUGAGGAGCGCAAUAUACAUAGCACUGCGCUCGCUUCUGAAGAGCAGGGAGCUUUCCAGCGUCUUUUCCGACGUUAUUCCUGCCCUGCGGGAGCAGCUGCUCAAGGAGGGAGACCCCGUGUGCCUCUCCGAGGGGUAUAAAACCGUGGAGGAGGUUGACAAGGCGUGCGCUUUGGAGAUAUACGAGAAAAUGAAGGAUACUGCGCACGAGUGCCUGCAGGAGUGCUUCAUUCGGAGCGCGGAGGCAGCUGGGGACGCGCAGAGAGUCCUGGAGAUCUUUAAGGGAACGUCCUCCAGGAGAGUGGAGCUGCAGGCGGGCGUGGCUUUGGUCCGGAUCUCAGCGGAUCGCGAGGUUUUGAAGCCCGUCGUUGAGAAGCUCUUUGACAUGUCGAGCGAGUAUUUGGACGCGCACUCGAAGGAGAUGAUCAUAAACGCGUGCAAAAGAGCGUGGCGAAGCGGAAGGUUUUCCUUCGAGAAUAUGGCGAUACAGAUCGCGCAGAUGAUAACGCCGGCUCUUGCAAAGGUAAACGAGAGCCUGUCGCAGAGCAUUUUGGAAAUGGCCAUGGGCGUGCUUUCCGUCGUCGAGGCGCGAGAGCUUUUCGUCUUUUUGUGCCAGAACAUGCAAAGUCCCCCCGUAAACAGCCAGAGCAGUGCAGGACACUCCGGGAGCAAGGACAAAAUAUUCUUCAUGCGCGCACAGAAGGAGCUUCUCAAGAAGUACCGGAUGCACACGGAGGAGCAAGUCCAGAAAACAGUUGAGCUUCUGUGCUCGGGCGUGCCAGAACUCGCAAUGGAGGCUGCGGAGUUUCUGGACGUUUUUUUGUCCGUCGAGGGGAAGGGGAGCGCGCUUUCGAAAGUUGUAAAAACCAUCCCCGAAAUAAAAUUUGGAAAACUGCUCCGGAGGGUUUUUUCCCUGAUAGAAAAGCACGCGGAUGUGGGGGCAGCGAGAGACUCGGUCAGGGAGGUGCUGGGAGCCUUCUCUUCAGAGCACAGCGGCAUUCUUUCGGAGGCGAAAAGAAGCCCGCAGGAAACGGGCAAGAUUUUUCCGGGGGUUUCUGUCGCGUCUUUUCUCCUGCAGAUGUCCACGCACAUGCGCGAGUGCAAAGAACCUGAAAAAACGGAGUUUCAGGCAGAUGUUAUGGCGGCAGUGCUGAAGAUGUACGCCCUCGGGAAGAAGGCGGGGGCGCUUGACGAGCCUUCCAGGAUCUCUCUCCUGCGGCUGGCCUCUCUCGUCGGCGCAGACGGGGCAGAGAAAGCCCUGAAGGCAGUUGGAAGCGGGAAUUCCCCCGGAAAAGCCCUGCUGGAGUUUGCAGGGGAGGCCCAGCUGGACGUUUUGGCGCGCCCUGCAUUCUCCCUGAUACAGGAGAAGGGCACUCUCCUCAUGAAUGCAAGCCCGCUGAAGCGGUUUGUGCGCACGGCAGAUGCUCCCUCUUUGAACAAGCUGAAGAGCGUGUUCCAGCUUACAUCCGCAGUCGAUCCGCUCUACUGCGAGUGCCAGAUCACAACCACGCGCACGGAGAUACUUCUGGACAUUCUUUUGGUGAACCAGACAGAUGCUCUUUUGGAGACCGUUGAGUUUGACUUUGUCUCCAGCCCGAAUAUACGAAUACUCGGAGCAGUGACUCUCGACAAGCUUCGCCCGUAUAUGAUGCGCACGCUGAAGGUAACGCUUCUCAUGGAGGAGGCAGACUCCGGGUACAUCGGAGGAACAAUCACCGCAGGGCGUAUUGGGAGAGACGACUACUUCCUGCAGAACAUGCAGGAAAUCCGGUUCAACCUCUCAGACAUGCUCCACAGAAAGAGCAUCACCCGCGAGGAGUUCCGGGAGAAGUGGCCGGUUUUGCUGUGGGAGAAUCUGUACACGAUCACGCUAACGGACCCACUGCUCACGCCGAGCGGAGUGAUUGAAAAGAUCCAGGGGGAGAUAGAGGGCAGCGAAGUCGAAAGCAGGGCAGCAUACGAAGAAGAGAGCGGGGCGCAGAAGAAGGGCAUACUUGUGCGCAAUAUAUAUGCCGAAACAGCACAGGGAACAGAGAUAUACAUAAAUGCAACAGCCCUGGCGGAGAAGGGAAAGGGGCUUACAGCCACCUUUAGAAUACGCGGAGAAAAGUGCCGCGUUGUAAAGUCUCUCUGCCAGCUCAUCUCGAAGAAGAUCAAGGCCUUGGCGCCCUAG